ACUACGAGCCACCCACGCGCGCGGCUCUUCCUGCAGCGGUGGUGGUUUGUCAAAGUCAACGUUUUUUCUGGUGUUUUUAAACCCUCGCAGCCUUAAACAUGUCCCAUUCUUGCGCAGAUUCGUAGCUGCGGCGUCAGAUGAUGUUAGGAGUUUCGUUCCUAAUAAAGACAAACAUGUAAUUUGACAUUAGUGGAGGCAUUAUGCACAACUGUGCUCGAUACCUCAUCUUCUUUCAGUACAUUGGCACUAAAUACAGCGGUGUAGUGAAAGUUCCUCCACACCAGAUGGUUAAAAGGGGAGUCCAGGAUCACUUGGAGGAAGCGAUUCAGAAGUUGAGGCCCAACAAUCCCGUGUCCCUGUUGGUGUCGAGCAGGACGGACACAGGCGUGCACGCCUUCUCCAAUUCUGCUCACUUUGACCUCCAGCGCAAAAACAACAAGCCACCGUUUGCUGAGGAGCUUCUCGUUGAAGCUCUCAACUACCACCUGAAGCCGGAGCAGAUCCGGAUCAACCGGGCUCACCGCGUUCCUUGUGACUUCCACGCCCGGUACCGCGCACAGUCUCGGACUUACGUCUACCGCAUUGCACUUGGUGUCCGCCACCGCACUCUGCUUCCUCUUACCGAGUCUAACCUCUGCUGGAACAUCCAGGACACAGAGCUGGAUGAGGAAGCCAUGCGCGAGGCGGCCGCUGUGCUGGUUGGGACCCAUGACUUCAGCAGCUUCAGGGCAGUGAGCUCUGACAUGAGCCUCAAAAACCCAGUCAAGACGUUGGAUGUGGCGUCCGUCCAGAUGGGAAACUCUUUUGCAAACAUGUACUUUCACAGACAGAUUUCCUUCCUGGAGCUGACCUUCACGAGUCGUUCUUUUCUUUAUAAACAGCUCCUCAUCACGGGAAGGUUCUGGCUCUUUUGGCUGCAGGUUCGCAGGAUGACGGGGGCCCUCGUCGCUGUAGGCCGGGGGCUGCUGACCGUGUCUCAGCUCAGAGCUUUACUGGAGGCUAAAGACAGUCUGGCUUACCCGAAGAAUCUGGUCGCUCCGCCCCAUGGACUCUUUCUCACCCGAGUGGCGUACAGAGAGUCAGACUUGCUUUUACAACAACCAACGACUUGAAAGACUGACGCAGGAUCCUUUACUUCCCAUCAACCACUGCAGCAAAUUGAUGUCAAGAUUUUCUUCAUACAUUGUUUUAAACUGCAGAAAAGGAGAACAUUUUCAAGCCAGUUUCUCACACAAGGAAGAAGAGCUAAAUGAACAUCUAUUUGUCUUUAAUUCCACAUGUUAAGAAUACAUAACUAUGUGCAUGAACACAGCUCAGACCUAUCAUAGUCUACUGACAGCUCGGUUACUGGAUGUGUACAUGACUCAGGUUAUGUAGGUUAUUAAAGGUUUACAGCACAUGGGA